CGGGAGGACUGCACGAGGUGGCGAAUUCUACUACUAGUAGUACUACCACGGAUACUCGUACGUCAAAAAAUUCUCACCAUCUCAAAUUGACGCAUAGUCAGACUGGUUACGAGUCUAGGGAUUCGUACCGUGCGGAGACUUACUUCCCUUCUUAUCGCCAACAGUCCGUGGUGUAUUAUAAGCCAGGCUGGUCAUGAGCCUACCUGGGUUCGGUUAUAUUACAUUGAGGAAAUGAGGUUGAUUGAGUAGUUUUAUAACUAAUGGUUAGGUUGAAAUGCCUGCCUUCACUGUGCCAAUCAACCAGUCGAAUAUCAAUCUCGAUACAUCGGGCGUCGCUGGAUUCUUCGGUGGGGAUGAAGCGAUCUCAGCGAUGGCCACUGUCCAUCUCUACCGCGGGAGGCGCUGGCUAGGCUGGUAUAACUCACCAGGAAGUUACAUUGUCGCCAAGAAGUUCGGGCAGCUCGCGAAGUCGCGAUUUUGGGAUGGCCUUUUCCCUGGCCCAAAUCUAACACCAGCUGAGGUGUUUGGGCUGGAUGGAAAACCCGGCCCUCGUUAUUGGGGUGUUUUGUCGGGCACGGAUAUGCCCGCUGGUCACCUGGCAUACCUUGUGGUGCAGAAGACGAAAGAAGUUGAGGAAGUGGUAGUAUUGAGAGGAAGGGAGACUACACCUCUAACAGUCACCAUCGUCGAUGUCGGAGAUGUGAUACUUAGGCACUCGGACCAGGCGCCAGUGAUGAGCAUCCAUCAUGCUCUCCUGGCUGCUAUCCCCAUUACCAUCAAUUUCGCAACGUGCGUGCUUUGCGCGGCUUCGGGGGACUGGCUAGCCUUUGCUCUCAUCCUGCUGGGAGUCAUUUCAGGCGGGACAUCUUGCUUUGUCAUCGGCUCUGCUCAACUCGAUUUUCUUGCCGGCGUGAAGGAACCCUCUCCAGGCACGCCGCCUGCAGACGGAUUACUUCUGAUGCGAAACGACGUUGUUAUUAUCAGAGGUGCAGAGAAAGACAUCAAUCCAAUCACGAAAGGCCAAUUUGCCCUGAAGAUGAACGGCGGCCCAGAGUACAGACGAAUUGGACUGUGCUCGCUUCUCCUCCUCGCGCAGUUCCUUCUCCAGCUCCUUUUCAUUCCUCAGGCAUCGACAUUUGGGCAGAUCAUGUUCAUGUCAUCGGUUGCAGCCUCAUGGACAUAUAACUCAUUUCUGUCCUCGUUGGAGCCAGAGAAGAUACAACUCAAUAUCCUCUGGAAAGCGCUUGACAAUCCACGACUAUUGAAAUUUGAGCUCAAAAACAGAGCUAGUCAGGCAGUUUUUGCAUGCCUGGUCCUCGGUAAUGGCCCCCAAAGGCCAUCUGUUGACUUCAAACCAAAGAAAGUCUUGCAACGUUUCCUCUCGAACGACACAAGGGUAUGGAAUGUAUGGAGAGACAAAGUGACGGAGCAGCUGGAAAAUAACAAGAAAGAAAAGUCGUUCAACCUUAGCUCUAGGGAUUUGGAAGGGUUCGCAGUUCAUGAAAGGGCCCUCCUGGAGUCAUUGCUUCAAGACGCACGCGACGCGUAUACAGGUUACCAGGAAUGGGUACAUAAGAUUAGUGACAAUAGCUACAUCUCUGAGAAACAAGUACGUCGGCCGGACUAUGUUGUUCAAAGUCGUGUUUAAUACUUGUUGUAACGUACGUACCACCUGUUCAGAAGCCAUCCAACCUAAGCCGCAUGCUGCUAUGACGCUCCAAA